AUGGAAGAUGGACAACAGUUGAAAGAGCUUGAGAAAGGUGUUACAGAGUUAAGGAAUACAAAAGCAGACUCGACAUGGAUAAAAGGAUAUGUAGAUGCAACAAAAGAACGUAUUUUCGCAUGGACAGAAGGAACAUACCCACAAAAAUAUCAUAGACAUAGCAUCUCUGACGUAAAUGAACUUGAAGAAAAGUUAUAUAAAAAAGCAGACAAAACAGAGCUUCAAACGUUAAAGACAGAAAUACUUCAAACACUAUAUCCUAUAGGUUCUAUUUACACGUCAAUGAACUCUACCAGACCAGAAGUAGUACUUGGUUUUGGAACUUGGACUCAAAUAGUCGACAGGUUUUUGUAUUGUGCAAACUCUUCAAAGGAAACAGGUGGAAGUAAAACGAUUUCAGGUGAAAACUUACCUGCACACAGUCACUACAUAGAUUUAAGUACAGCUGAAGCAGGUUGGCAUAAACAUAGAUUUUGGGAUUGGUCAGCAAUGAAAAAAGGUAAAGGAUACGAUGUUAAA